GGGGCGGUUCGCGGCCGAGAUCAGGGACCCCUGGAAGAAGGUCAGGGUGUGGCUCGGAACCUUCGACUCGGCCGAGGCUGCCGCUCUGGCCUACGACUCCGCCGCUCGCGCGUUCCAUAGUUCCAAGGCCAAGACCAACUUUCCCCUAGCCGCCGCCGCCGCUGCGUCUCCCACCCCUACUCCUGCAUUCCGCUGCCCUCCCUCCGCUGACCCAACCCUAGGGUUUUGAUAAGAUACAAAUUGGAAUUAAGCCGACCCACCUCAUUCUACGCACUCAUCACCGAGAGGUCCGAGACCUUGCAACAGCGACAUCGUCGUCUGCAAAUCUCGAAGCGAAGAUGAAAAUUGUGGCGGCUUAUCUCCUGGUCGUCCUCGGCGGCAACCCCAACCCCUCCGCCGAUGAUAUCAGAUCCAUCCUUGAAUCAGUGGGAGCGGAGGCAGAGGUUAAGAGGAUCAACCACUUCCUCGCGGAAGUCAAGGGCAAGGACAUAACGGAAGUCAUCACUGCCGGCCGGGAGAAGUUCGCUUCCGUGCCCUCCAGUGGCUCUGUGGCUGCCAUCGGGGACGCCGCCCAUGGUAGCGGUGGCGCGGGCGGCCCCCCAGCUGCAGAGGAGCCUAAGAAGGAGGAGAAGGUGGAGGAGAAGGAGGAAUCCGACGAGGUGAAACUCCCUGUCUUUCCCUCCCGCAAAUUUUCGUUUCCGACAUAA